CAGCGGGGCGCGCGGGGGAAACAGAGCGAGCGCGUACAGCGAGAGGCGAGACGGAGAGCAGCACAGACCGCCACAGGGAUGUAUACCAAACAUAGACAGAAAAAUGGACACAUUUCAUCGGCCCGAUCUGUGCUUGUAAUGCUGUGUAUUCUUCUGUUGAACGGCUUACUGGGAAUUGUAGGUGGAAAUCUUUGGGAAGAAGUGGAAGACAGAGGGCAAAGAGUGACGGCACACUGGAUCUCUCAUGGCACUACACAGCAAGAGACUGAAACAACAUUUAAGGACCAGUUCCCAGACAGGGGAGAGAUUCUGGUCUCAGCCCAAGACUUAAAACUGGUUCUACAAGUUGAACGCAAUCAGGAGCUCUUGGGUCGUGACUUCUCAGAGACUCACUAUGAAAAUGGCCUCCCCGUCACCCAAACCAGCAGUCACACUGAUCAUUGCUUCUAUCACGGGAGGGUCAGGGGUCAUGCAGACUCUUGGGUUGCUCUGAGCACAUGUUUGGGAAUGAGAGGCCUGAUUGUCUUGAACUCAAAAGACACAUACUACCUGGAGCCAAUCGUAGGGCAGGAGGUACUCCACCACACCUUCUAUCACACUGAGGACCUGCCAAUCAAAAGCGGUACCUGUGGGCACGGCCAUCAAACUGGACACCCAAGCCUGUUCAGUGGUCACCUUAAACCAUUGCAUCAAAGGGUUAGACGAAAUGCCUUGGGUACUACCAAAUACAUGGAACUGUAUAUAGUAGCUGACAACACACUGUACAGAAAACAAAACAAGGACCUUCACAAAACUAAACUGAGGAUAAUGGAAAUUGCUAAUUACGUAGAUAAGUUUUAUAGAGAAUUGAACAUUCGUGUACCUCUAAUUGGUCUAGAGGUGUGGACAGAACAUGACCAGUGCAUCAUAAAUGAGGAGCCGAAUUCAACUCUUUGGUCCUUCCUUCAGUGGAGACAGAAACUCAAAUCCCGCAAGAAACACGACAAUGCCCAACUGCUCACUGGUGUGAUUUUCAAGGGCACCACCAUUGGCAUGGCUCCGCUUGAGGGAAUGUGCAGUCACGAGAACUCAGGUGGCAUCAAUGUGGACCAUUCGGAAUUGCCCAUUGGGGCGGCUGCCACCAUGGCACAUGAGAUUGGCCAUAACUUUGGCAUGAGCCACGACCACGAUGGCUGUUGUGUGGAGGCCACUGCGGAGCAGGGCGGAUGCGUAAUGGCAGCAGCUACAGGACACCCAUUUCCAAAAGUUUUCAGCCGCUGUAGCAAAAAGGACCUGGACAACUACUUCCAGAAGGGAGGAGGAAUGUGCCUGUUCAACAUGCCCAACAUGAAGGAUCUGGUCGGGGGCAAAAGGUGUGGAAACGGCUUUGUAGAGGAAGGGGAGGAAUGUGACUGUGGAGAGCCAGAGGAAUGCACCAAUGAUUGCUGCCACCCCAGCAAUUGCACCUUGAAGGCCGAAGCACAAUGUGCCCACGGGGUCUGCUGUGAAGACUGCAAGCUGAAGCAGGCCGGCACUAUGUGUCGUGGUCCAGCUGGUGCCUGUGAUCUGCCAGAAUACUGCACAGGAGGUUCUCCCUACUGUCCUGCUAACGUUUACCUGCUGGAUGGGUCUACCUGUCAGUAUGAUCACGCCUACUGCUACAAUGGCAUGUGUCUGACCCAUGAACAACAAUGCCUGCAACUGUGGGGCUAUGGUGCGCAGCCAGCACAUGAUGCCUGUUUUCAAGAUGUGAACGCAGCGGGGAAUGCCUUUGGAAACUGCGGCAAGGACAGUCAUGGCAACUACGUGAAGUGUGAGAAAAGUGAUGCCAAAUGUGGCAAGAUACAGUGUCACAGUGCUGCCAAGAAACCAAAAGGCACCAACGCUGUGUCCAUCGACACCACCAUCCGUAGAGAUGGCACUGAAGUGAAAUGCCGGGGCACAUAUGUUUACAGCACCCAGGAUGGGCAGGGUGAUCUUCCCGACCCUGGAUUGGUUAUGACUGGCACCAAAUGUGGAGAGGGGAAGGUCUGCAAAGACCGGCGAUGUCGAAAUGCCUCUUUCACUGAGCUAGAAACCUGCAUUGCCCGUUGCCACGGGCAUGGGGUGUGUAACAGUAAUGGGAACUGCCAUUGUAACCGUGGCUGGGCUCCCCCCUUCUGUGAGAGACCAGGCCUGGGGGGCAGUGUGGACAGUGGACCUGUACAGUAUGACAGUCAGGUGGGACUGGUUGUUGGGCUGCUCUUUGCUUUUCUAGUGCUUCUGCCUGCAGUUCUUAUUGCCUUCUACUGCAUCAAGAUCAAAAGCUCCUACUAUCAUAAGUGGAGAACACAAAGAGAGAAGAGCAAAGCCAGCAGACAUGAGGGCUCCAUCGAAAAGGGGAAGAAUGGGCACUUAAAUCCUGCUUUCCAUCUGAAGGUGGUGGGACCAUCAAACAGAAGUGCUAACCUUAAGCUACCUCACACCAGUAAGGAGGUGCUCCCUCUAAAGCCAAACCCAAUCUCCAACGGUACUCAGCCGGUCAAUAUUGUACGUCCCUUCCGGCCAGCUCCUUCGCCAUCUCUUAGCAAUGUCAAAGGACCUCGGCCAUUUCCACAUGUCAGCAAGCCACCCAACUCAACCAAACCUGUAGCAUCACCUCAGAAACUCAGUACUCCCAAGAAGCCUCUGCCUCUCAACCCCUCACGCACACCACUGAUGGUAUCAGACCAACAGCCUAAACCCCCAUCCACACCUCCCAAGAGGCCUCUGCCUCUUAGCCCUGCACGCGCAGCACAGCUCAAACCCUCCGGAGGAGGACUCUUGGUGAUGAUGCCCCCUGCAGUUGGCCCAAAGCCAUUGGGAAAAGUGACCGCCACUCCCCGUUUGAAGGCAUUCCGACCUGUUUCAGGACCCAAACCACUCAUAGUUCCGUCGACUUUCCGAAAAUGACCCUUGCAGGAUUCAUUUUGAAAGACUGCAGCCAACCUAUUUGCACUAAAAAAGGACUCUUGAAACUGGUACUGUAUUGAGCUGUCUAACCAGGGAUGGAAGAACAUGGUGCUAGAGCCCUGGAUGAGGCCUCGCUAACAGACGUUCAAAUACAGUCCCACACAGAUCUAAAGAAGACGCAGUUCUGCAUGAAAAAAUGCAGACUUAGACAGGAAGUUUCAUAUAGACCAUCACAUUGCCAAAAUCUUGACUUUUCUCAACUUGCAAUUUUUUGUACUUUGUUGUUUUGUUUUAAUGUUAUGCCUCUGUCUUGUUUACAUUUUUUGUUUGACUAUCAUCUAUUUGUCAAGUGCCAAAGAUUUUGCUUUGUUUAAUGCAUUGAUUGUUUAAUUUGAUGUUCUGUGCUAUACGAUAUUUUGUGUUUGGUACUAAAAUAAUAAUAUGACAUACCUUUUUUAAAUAAAGAUUCCAUGUUGUUGUGGUUGUCAUCACUUCA